AUGGUUUCUAUCGACGAGAUGGUACAGUGUGAGAACGGCUGGAAUGUGAGUUACACUUCUACUGAGAUCUGUGCCUUCAGAGGAUCAACAGUGGACAUUACCUGUACCUACACAUACCCAUCCACAGUUAAUAACCAUGAUACUACAGUUCAGGAAACUUUCUGGUUCAUCAAAGAGAGUAAUGGGAUUCACGUUGAUCUAAGGACUGAUCCGGAGUAUUCAGGUCGUGUGGAGAAUCUCUGUGGAAACAACAAGUGCACUCUGAGAAUCUCUAACCUGAGAGAGAGCGACUCAGCUGUGUACAAGUUCAGGUUCACAACAAACCAACCUGGAGGGAGUGUAACUGGUUCAGCUGGAGUCACUCUGUCUGUCACAGAUUUGCAUGUGGAGGUGAGCACAUCAGAGAGGUUUGGCUCUUAUUACCGUUCAGAGCUCACGUGUCAGAGCAGGUGUCGUCUUCCUGAUCCUCUGAACUACGUCUGGUACAAGAAUCAACAGAAGAAGAAGGAAGGAGCAUCUUAUACAGAUAGUUUUGAUUCUACAGACAGAGUUUCCUGUGCUGUUAAAGGACUCGAGGAUUUCCGCUCUCCAUCAAUCUACGCUCCAAAGCCUCCCUCUGUGUCAGUGAGUCCCUCUGGUGAGAUCAUGGAGGGCAGCUCGGUGACUCUGACCUGCAGCAGUGAUGCUAACCCAGCAGCUAACUACACCUGGUACAAGAGAAGUGGAGAUAAACAAGUUCAACCUCUUAGUGAAGAGACACAACUUGUCCUCAGCUCCAUCCGGUCGUCAGACUCUGGAGAGUAUUACUGCACAGCUGAGAAUGAGCUGGGAAGGAGUUCAGCAAACAUCUCUAUUACUGUGACAUACGCUCCAAAGCCUCCCUCUGUGUCAGUGAGUCCCUCUGGUGAGAUCAUGGAGGGCAGCUCGGUGACUCUGACCUGCAGCAGUGAUGCUAACCCAGCAGCUAAAUACACCUGGUACAAGAGAAGUGGAGAUAAACAAGUUCAACGUCCCAGUGAAGAGACACAAUUGGUCCUCAGCUCCAUCCGGUCGUCAGACUCUGGAGAGUAUUACUGCACAGCUGAGAAUGAGCUGGGAAGGAGUUCAGCAAACAUCUCUAUCACUGUGACAUACGCUCCAAAGCCUCCCUCUGUGUCAGUGAGUCCCUCUGGUGAGAUCAUGGAGGGCAGCUCGGUGACUCUGACCUGCAGCAGUGAUGCUAACCCAGCAGCUCACUACACCUGGUACAAGGAGGACGAGGACUCACCAACAGCAUCAGGACAAAACAUCACCAUCACUAAUAUCACAGCUGAACAUGGUGGAAAGUAUCAGUGUGAGGCCCAGAACACACACGGACGUAGUAACACCACCUUACAUCUGACUGUUGGAGCAGGGAAGUCAGUGAUAAUCAUGCAUAUCAUCAGGUGCACUCUGGUGGUCGUGCUGGUUCCAGUGCUGGUCUGGACUCUGUGGACGAGGUAA